AAAAAAAGGACAAACAUUGUUUGAUAACAUUUUUUUUUUGUCACUAAACAUACUUAAAUUAAAACUCAAAAAAGGCAAAGUCGGCCCACUAGGUGGGGAUUACACCGAAACAGCUCUAAGGGCCUGUUUAGCCAAAGAAUCUGCUCUUUCAUUGUUCUUGCGUGGAAUAUGAGAAAAAACGAUAAAAUCAAAUUCAGAGGAGAUUUCUUGAAUAUCUCUGACGAUACCCACAAUUUCCUUCAUCUGUUGUUUGUUGUUGAUUGCUGCUAUGAGCGUUAAGCUGUCGGAGCAAACCCUGAGCUUUGAGAGCUUCAUUGUUGCCGCCAUACAGAGGCUUGAUCUGACUGCUAGUGCCUCCGCGAUUAGUGGGGAAUUGACGAAAUCUUGUGUUGUGUGACCUCGAUCUUGUGCUGGAUUCUGUAGCCCUGUGAAGAUCCAUGCGAGUCCCGCCUUUCGCUGUCCUUUGUCCCACGCCGCAUCAGGAAUAACUUGAAACACAAUUCUUAACUAGAAGAGACAUGACGAUCGAAAUAGCAUCAAUAAUGAACAAAAGUCUUGGGCCCAACAUAUAAUAUACAGAUACCUUGAUGGGCUUUGUAUAUUAAUCGCUUCCGAGUUUAAAUAUCCAGAUUGUAUUCGUGUCCAGACACAACAAACAUGGCGAUUCGAACAUUUUCUUCUCUUGUCCGCGCCACUCUUCACCAACCCCCUAAACCCAAUUCAUUACGCUUCUUCUUCUCCACUCUCCCACACGACCCACCACCACCACCACCACCACCACCAGAGCUAGUAAACGAAAUCUCCCGCGUUUUAAGCGAUCACCGUAACCCCAAAGACGACCUCGAACACACCCUCACUGUCUACUCUCCCAAACUCUCCUCGAACCUAAUCGAACAAGUCUUGAAACGCUGCAAAAACCUCGGCUUCCCCGCCCACAGAUUCUUCCUCUGGGCGAGACGAGUCCCGGGUUUCGAACCCAGCUCGGAAAGUUACCACAUUUUGGUCGAGAUUCUCGGCAGCAGCAAGCAGUUCGCUUUGCUUUGGGACUUUUUGAUCGAAGCGGGAGAGUAUAACUACUUUGAGAUCGGUCCUAAAGUGUUUUGGAUCGUCUUUAGAGCUUAUAGCAGAGCUAACUUACCCAGUGAGGCGAUUCGAGCUUUUAAUCGAAUGGUUGAGUUUGGGGUUAAGCCUAGUUUUGAUGAUCUUGACCAGCUUCUACAUUCGCUUUGCGAUCGAAAGCAUGUCGAACAAGCGCAGGAGGUUUUCGACAAGGCGAAACACUGUUACGGGUUCGCGCCGAGCGCGAAGACGUAUAGCAUUUUAGUGAGAGGUUGGGCGAGAGUGAGAGACGCGUCGGGUGCACGCAAGGUGUUCGAUGAAAUGCUCGAUAGAAACUGCCAAGUUGAUUUGCUUGCGUACAACGCUCUUUUAGACGCGCUGUGCAAGUCCGGGGAUGUCGACGGAGCGUAUAAGAUGUUUCAAGAAAUGGGUAAGGUCGGGCUCGAGCCGGACGCGUACAGCUACGCUAUUUUCAUCCACGCGUACUGCGACGCGGACGAUGUUCAUUCAGCUUAUAAGGUUCUCGAUCGAAUGAAACGGUACGAGCUUGUACCCAAUGUGUACACGUACAACCAUAUUAUAAAGACGCUAUGCAAGAAGGAGAAGAUUGAUGAUGCUUAUUUAAUGUUGGAUGAGAUGGUUCAGAGAGGAGCUGAUCCGGACACUUGGACUUACAAUUCGAUAAUGGCAUACCACUGCGACCACUGCGAGGUGAACCGAGCGACGAAUCUGAUCUCUAGAAUGGACAGAACAAAGUGUUUGCCAGAUAGGCACACUUACAACAUGGUUCUCAAGCUGCUGAUAAGGAUUGGAAGGUUCGACCGCGCCACGGAGAUGUGGGAAGGGAUGAGCGAGAGGAAGUUUUAUCCGGCGGUUGCUACUUAUACCGUGAUGAUCCAUGGGCUGGUGAGGAAGAAAGGGAAGCUGGAGGAAGCUUGUAGGUACUUUGAGAUGAUGGUUGAUGAUGGGAUUCCGCCGUAUUCUACGACGGUUGAGAUGUUGAGGAACAGGCUUGUGGGAUGGGGGCAGAUGGAUGUUGUGGAUGUUUUGGCAGGGAAGAUGGAGAGGAGCAGUUCUUGUAAGGUUAGAGAAAUGGCGGUUGAGAUGAGAGGGAGGAGGAGGAGAGUUGGACGUAGAAGUGAAGGAAGCGAAGAUGAGGACUCUGAGCUUGAAAGAGAAACAUAUGAAUAAUAAAAGUUAAAGAGAUUUGGAUAGGCUAAGGGAGUAGCUUGGAUUGAUCAAUGGUGAGGAACGUUUUCUGAAAACAAAGACAAGAGACUCUGAGCUUAUGGGAGAAACAUGGCGAGAAAUGUUGCCUAAAGACUAGACUCUGUUGUUUUAGAGACAAGAGACUCGACUCUCACCGUGGUUCAUGUAACAGUAGCAGUAUAUCUUCUAGAAUGGUGUUAUUUUUGUCUGUAAUUUCUCCAUAUUCGACCAUCCUUGUAACGGUUUUUCUUUGGAUCAUAAUAUUUAAAGGCUCGCCU